ACAAAAUCGCAAGGACUAGAAAAGCGCCAAUCGUUCUUGCCCUAGCACCCUUCAUCAGCAGCCGCUGCAAAACUUCCAUCAACAGUCAAAAUGACUAAGAGGACCAAGAAGGCUGGAAUAGUUGGAAAGUAUGGUACCCGUUAUGGUGCCAGUCUGCGUAAGCAGAUUAAGAAGAUGGAGGUUAGCCAGCAUAGCAAGUACUUCUGCGAGUUCUGUGGAAAGUAUGCAGUAAAAAGGAAAGCAGUGGGAAUUUGGGGCUGCAAAGAUUGCGGCAAAGUGAAAGCUGGUGGUGCUUACACAUUGAACACUGCAAGUGCGGUUACAGUUAGGAGUACAAUCCGAAGACUGAGGGAGCAGACUGAGAGUUAGAGCAUUCAUCUGCUUUUGGUGCAGCCACCUUAUGAUGUGUCUACUUGUGUUCUGAGAUCAGAUUUGAUUUUCAAUUUUGAGUACUUUAUGAUGUUGAACCAGCUCGAUUAGCCACUAGUAUACUUGAGAAUUUCAGUUUACUCAAAAGACAAUUAUAUUCACUGUCGCAUUAUGUUGGCAUUAUUAUUUCUUAAAGGCUUCGAUUUAGUUUGGACUCGAAA